AUGUGUGAGGACUCUGUGGAAGUGUCGAUUGCUUUGGGACUCUUGGUUUCUCAACUGAGUCAAGAGCCAUGGAAAGGGAAGUUGAUCAAUUACCAUGAAGAGUCGCCUCAGCUAGAAUUGAUACAAGGCGGCCACGAUCUUAGUACAAAGGCUGUGAAGAGGAAUUUGAAGCCAGAGCAGAUGGUCAAGAAGGUGUUUGUGUUCAAUCACCCUGGCUUUAAACGUUUUGUGGAAGUCCAUGACUGGAAGUAUAUUUAUAAUAAUAUAAAGUCCAAGUUUGAGAACAAGGGGUACGGGAAUGUGGUGCCACACUUUGUGCAUUGGAAUUUGUCAGAGUACAACAAGAAUAAGCCGGCGAUACCUUAUAAAGGACCAUGA